AUGAGUGGGCGCAAACUCAACACCGAAGAGCAAAAGCUCCACCAAGCUGCACUCUUCCAGCAGCGAAAAGGCGCGGCAUGCUCAAAGUCCUGUCCUAAUGCAGCAGGCGUCAUCUCUUUCCGAGCGGUGAUGAAAAAGGAGAUAGAAGUGAAAAAAGAUAUGAGCGGUGAAGAAGCUAUGGUUCUCGGUCAUAUCCAAGCUUCAGCGAACGAAGAUGUCUCAAAUCACUCGGUGCAAAAGCAGCUCGUGAAGGCUAUCAAAGCCGUCAGGCACCCAACCCGCAAGAUAUACAUGCUAGCCCACCUAGAACCUUCCGUCGAACUAACAGGUGGGCCAUGGUACACCGACAACGAACUCGACACAGAAUUCAUCAAGCUUCUAUCAACUGCAUGUCUGCACUACAUCCGAGAUCGG